UAUUUCAUUUCUACGUGUUUUCCCGGCUUCGAGUAAAAGCUCAUCAACCAUGGCGCUUAAAACCCUAUCCACUUUCCAUUCACCACUUUCUCUCCCCAACCCCAAAUUCCUCUCCACCAAACCAUGCCUCAUUCUAUGCGAGUUCCCGCGCUCUCACAACUCGCGUUUACCCGCCGCCGAAUCCGAUGGCACCGGCGCCGCCGCUCCUUCGCCGGGCGAGAAGUUCCUCGAACGCCAGCACUCCUUCGAGGCUGCGAAGCUCAUUCUCAAUGAGAACACGAAGAAGAAAAAGAAGAAAGACAACGCUCUGAAAGCUUCCAGAGCCGUCGCUUCAUGCUACGGCUGCGGCGCUCCGUUGCACACCUCCGAUGUCGACGCUCCUGGCUACGUCGAUCCCGAGACCUAUGAAUUGAAGAAGAAGCACCGCCAGCUUAGAACCGUUCUGUGUCGGCGAUGUCGGCUUUUGUCUCAUGGAAAGAUGAUAACCGCUGUUGGAGGACACGGAGGCUACCCUGGCGGUAAAAUGUUUGUUACUGCUGAAGAGCUUCGAGAAAAGUUGUCUCACUUGCGUCACGAGAAAGCGCUAAUUGUCAAAUUGGUUGAUAUUAUUGACUUCAAUGGAAGUUUUUUGUCUCGUGUGAGAGAUCUUGCUGGUUCUAACCCAAUAAUACUGGUGGUGACUAAGGUCGAUCUUCUUCCAAGGGAUACUGAUCUUAAUUGUAUUGGGGAUUGGGUUGUAGAGGCUACCACGAGAAAGAAGCUGAAUGUUCUCAGUGUCCAUCUGACCAGUUCCAAAUCAUUGGUUGGAAUAACUGGAGUGAUAUCAGAAAUCCAAAAAGAGAAGAAGGGAAGAGAUGUGUACAUUCUGGGUUCAGCUAAUGUUGGGAAAUCUGCUUUCAUCAAUGCUUUACUAAAAACAAUGGCUAUAAAUGAUCCUGUGGCUGCAUCUGCACAAAGGUACAAACCAAUACAAUCUGCAGUUCCUGGAACUACCUUAGGGCCAAUUCAAAUUAAUGCUUUCCUAGGAGGAGGGAAAUUGUAUGAUACUCCUGGAGUUCAUCUCUACCAUAGGCAAACUGCAGUUGUUCAUUCUGAAGAUCUACCCUCCCUUGCUCCUCAAAGCCGACUGAGGGCCCGGUCUUUCCCAAGUUCUCUAGUAUCUUCAGGCAAUGUAGAGGAAGAAGAGUCUUCCACAGUGAAUGGCUUGAAUGCUUUUUCAAUAUUUUGGGGAGGUCUUGUUAGAAUUGAUGUCGUGAAGGUUCUUCCAGAAACUUGUUUGACAUUUUAUGGUCCCAAGAGACUACCGAUUCAUAUGGUGCCCACAGAGCAAGCAGAAGAAUUUUAUCAGAGAGAACUUGGAGUUCUGCUGACCCCGCCAAGUGGAGGAGAAAAUGCUGAGAACUGGAAAGGACUUGAAUCAGAACGUAAAUUGCAAAUAAAAUUCGAAGAUGUGGAAAGACCCGCUUGCGAUAUAGCUAUAUCAGGUCUAGGAUGGUUUACUGUUGAGCCAGUUAGUAGGUCACUAAAAAAUUCACAACCAAAGCCUGUAGACACUGCUGGGGAAUUGAUUUUGGCCGUGCACGUCCCUAAGCCUGUUGAGAUUUUUGUGAGGCCACCAAUCCCCGUGGGCAAGGCUGGAGCAGAGUGGUACCAGUAUGUAGAAUUAACAGAGAAAGAAGAGGAAAUGAGACCAAAAUGGUACUUUUGAACACUGCGUGUUAUAUGUAUUUUUAAUUUUUUGGGGGAAAGGAGGAUUAGUUUUCAUGUUGUACAACUAAGCCAAGACAUCAUUUCAAAAGGAGGGAAAUUUAACGAUUGCAAAUUAAUGAUAGCAUUUUGCCAUUUUCUCUCAAUGUGUACUGGGUAGAAUGUGGAAUGUUUUGAAUAUUCUUAAAUUUUCUCAUGUAAUAAUGGUUCAGUCUCGCUACCGAGGGUGAACCCUUAGGUUUAUUAACUUUUCUAAUCUUUUAACUUGUUAAAAAGAGUUACAAUUGAUGGAGU